AUGUUUCCGAAUUCACGACGCUGUGAUUAUAAUAUCACAGCUAAUAUCAAUCAUAUAAGCUUGUACUUUAACAUCCUAAACGAUGAAAUCUUCCAAAAUUGUGGCCGUGCGACCGCAGAUUCCGUGAAUGUGAGGCACCGAUUUUCUUCAUUACUUUAUGUUCUGCAAACUUCUGGUUGGCUUCCUUACAUCUGGAAGCCAUGUCAAAGGGAAUGGGUUAUCCGCAUUCCAGAUCGUUAUGUAUUUGAUGGAGAAGUAGCUCGAAAGACAAUGGAGCUCGGAGAAAUGAACCUUGAAGUGGAACUAGAAGAUGAAAACCAAGAAUGCAAUUGUCUGUCAACUUCGCUUCAUCCAAAGUCGCGACAUGAAAUAUGUAGUCCUAGUGAACUAUGGUUGUUGGACAUGCUAAGUUUACUGAUUAUGUCGUGGGAGAUGGUAGUAUGGCUGUCGAUGUCAUUCGUUCGAAAGUGA